UCAGUUUGACUGGUCUAAAUUUUUUUCACCAAAUAAAAACAAAUGUUUGUCGCCCUGCGAAGGUCAUUAUUUAAUAAUCGCAAAUUAAACAAAAUUUAUAUACCGUUUCCAAUCAAACCGAGUGCAACAACAAAGCCCUAUUUGUGUGUCUUGUCAAGUCAAACUCAACUGAAUCUCAGCUACAGCAACUCCUGCAACAUGUCUAAAACAGCAUUGGUUAUACUAGCACCCGGCUCCGAAGAAAUGGAAUUCGUUAUAGCCGCCGAUGUCUUGCGACGUGCCGGGGUUAAGGUCACCGUUGCCGGCUUGAGUGGUGUUGAUGCAGUAAAAUGCUCACGCGAUGUCUGCAUUGUGCCAGACACAUCGUUUGAUAUAGCGAAAGGCGGUAUUUACGAUGCCAUUGUUUUACCGGGUGGGCUUGGUGGCGCCAAAGCAAUGUCUGAGAGUGCUGAACUUGGUGCACUGCUCAAAGAGCAAGAAGCGGCCGGACGUAUUGUAGCAGCGAUUUGUGCGGCACCCACUGCCCUCUUGGCACAUGGCAUUGGUAGUGGCAAAAAUUUGACUGCAUAUCCUUCAGUUAAGGGCAAAUUGAAGGAUGCAUACAAAUACAUUGACGACCAGAAUGUAGUGCAGGAUGGCAAUUUGAUCACAAGCCGUGGUCCUGGUACAGCUUUUGAUUUCGGUUUAAAAUUGGCUGAAGUAUUGACUGGCUCUGAUAAAGCCAAAGACGUAGCCAAAGGUAUGCUCUUGGCGUAGAACGGUACAUGGUUUAAAUUCUAAAUUGCUGUAUGGUUACUAAUUCAAUAAGAUUGAAAUAAAAUUGAAAGCUUUAAGCUGUAAAACGCAAAAAACGUGAUUUUGAAAUGUUUAUGUUAUUGUUCCAUAUCUUAGCGCAUUAUGAGAAUUUAAGUUUUUCGAUUAGUUUUCAUGGUGCAUCGAUAAAAAAGUUUAAGCGAGUCAAAGACUUGUUGUUUGUUGUGUUGAUAUUACCGUUACCACAACAGCCAGAUAAAUUUUGUGCAAUCAGUAAAAACGUCUAUCGAUUUUCAAAGACGAGAUUUAAAUGGCUUAACCAUUUGAAAUAUCCGCUGAACCCUCCAUUAAAACCCGCUAACGUCAAACUGAUAUUUCGAAACUAAACGCCUUAAACGCAACAUAAACAAUAUAAUCAACAUUGUUGUUGUUUUUAUUACAAUUUUUAUUUGUGUUUUGUAUUUUUAUUACUUUUUACGCAAUUUCAUUAAUUUAUUUGCUUUUCUUAGUUGUUAAGAUUUAUUUCUAUAUAUAUACGCUUCAUUUUCUUUCCGUUGUAUUAUGUUAUUGUUGUUUUUAUUGUAUAAUAUAUUUAAUUGUCAUAAUUAUCUUAUAUAUUAUAUAUAUAUAUACAUAUGUAGGUAUGUAUACAUGUAUAAUUGGUAUUAUGUAUAAAUAAAUAUGCAGACAAUUUAUUA